AUGGUAAGAAGGUGGCGUGGAACGUUGAAGCAGCCGUUCGCCGUCAAACUCUUCUCAGGUAUUUGGAAUGCGCAUCCUCGAUUUGCAACCAGGACAGUUCUUGUGAAAAAUAACGAUGUCGAUGCUGCAUUUGGUCUGUUGAACAGGAUGAUGGAUGCUGAAGGACUGCUCAAAAUCAUUCGCCGCACGCAGUACUACCAGAAGCCGUGGAUGCAACGAAAGCAGCUCUCCGUCGAAGCAUCCAAUGCGAUCUUCAAUGAGGAUAUGACCAGAAAAAUGCAAUUUCUUAUGCGGAAGAAUCGACCCGACGCCCAUCCUGGGCAAAUGACUACGUAG